CCGCCCUCAUCUUGAAUAGGCUGACGUUGAUAGCCCUCGAGGCCUUCCCUGCGCUAACUUCCACGUUGUCGACACCAAUAUCCUCUUGUUGGCAACAAUACCAACUUUCCUCCCCGUGGGCUUCCUCGCGGCCUUGUCCGUGAGAAGCUCUGGGCUCACGUACUCGGCCGUACCGACAAAAGAAACCGUCCGCUCGCCACCUAUCAUCUUCGCCCUCCUCCCAGUCUUUCAUCUCUUUUCUCUUCUUCCCCGCUGACUACCCUCUCAUCCUCCUCCUUCCACCUUGAUGCCGCACCGGGCCAGGUUACACUCUUCCCGUUCAGUCUCCCUUCGGCCCCUUUUCCUCCUAUCCACUCCUUCUUUCUUCUCUCCUCUUCUCGUUUUUGGCUUUCAUUUUUCGGCUCAUUUUCUUUCUUCCUUAUCCCCUUCUCCUUUCUGUCCUCCUUUUCCCCUUCGCUCUCUUUUCCUUUUUUUUCUUUUUUGUUUUCUUCUCCGUUCUCCUUCACUAACCACCUCCCCAACUAGCCGGACCGUUGCCCUCUUCGCCCACUUCAUCUUCCCCCCGAGCUGAAAAGCAACCUAAUAUACUACCCGAUCUCG